UGGAGUUCAGAGUCUUUUGUGUGAUCUGCUUUUGUACACCACUGUGUGAUUCCCGUUUGGUGGUUGUGUGUCUAUUGAGUUUGUUGUGUAUAGUAAAAAGUAUGAGUAUUUAGAAUAGUUAAAUUUUGAUGCCACAAUGUUAAUCCUUCUCGGACUGUCACUAUGGGUGACGAGUGUGGUGGCUCCUAUACCCAACUGGAGCCCCACCUGCCUCCAACAUUCCAUCGUCCCCAACGCUUGCGUCUACGGUAACCUCACUCUGAAUCUGGCCAAGCAGAUUCUGACUCCCCGAGAGUGCAACAGUCGCGUGAGCAUCACAGAGUUCUUACACACUCCCGUGGUACAGAUCGACACCAAUAACAAGACUGAAGCGUUCACUGUUGUCAUGAUAGACCUGGGACCUGAAGGUAGAGGACCUAACUAUCUACAGUGGAUGGUGACCAAUGUAACGGAGUCUUCUUUGAGAAACUUUUACAAGAUUCCUAAACAAGAUGUGAUAGAGGACUACAAGCAACCCCUGCUGAUGAAAUAUGUGAGUCAUAAAACGCUGAUCCAGAUUUUGGUUUUCCGACACCAUAACGUACUUCGAAUAAACUUUGGCGAGCUUUGGGUCAAACAAGUUCAGAACUUUUCACUCAGUACCCUGUUCAGCAACGUGAACCCCAACUUGAGACUGUGUGGGCCCGUAGCAGGCGCCCAGUUUUGGCUGUUUGACUCCACCUAUACGCCAAGUGCACCCCCUCUGCCAGGAGUGCAACCUCAGCCAUCACAACCAGGGUUACAACCAGUUUACGUCCCGGUUGUUCCCGUUGUUCCUGUCGUUCCGGUGGGACAAGUACCGGCCGGAGCACCCGCACCAGCAGCCCCCACCCACAAGACCUUCCACAAGCCAAGCUCGGCAACCAAGUCACAGCCGCUUCAAAUGCUCUUCAUCCCGAUAAUAAUAUUUACUGUGACAUGGUUGUGAACUAGUUUAGUUUUGUCUGGUUUUUGUUUCAAACAAUAUGGACGUAAAAAGUUAUUUUUGUCUGAUACACAAUAAAAGCAAACUACUAUAAAUUGUUUGGAUUUAAAAAUUGUUUGUGUCAUCAGCAUCAUGAAAAAUAACCUCAAAUUUAUAUACAAAACCAAGUUUCACCAAUUCUAAAACUAAAUAGUUGAAACUGUAUUUGUAUGUGUAGAUUGAGAUUCCAUAUUUUAUGAAAUUAUCUGAUCAUAUUUACCAUAUCAUAAUGUAGCUAGCUUAUUUAAUGUAUCAUUAAAAUUGAAAAAGGUUAAUUCAUUAUUCAAUAUUGUUAACUGUCAACAAUGUACCUAUAUUUUGUAUUA